AUGCAGUCUUCAAUUACUGUCGAUGAAGGUUUGUGUGAAAAGUGUUGCGAACUUUUGAACGCAGUUCUCCAAGUUUCUUCAACUAAAGAUGACGAAUCCGACAUGGAUAUUGACCACUAUAAAGUCCCAACCGACCUCCAAGCUUCAGCAGAUGGGGGCUGUCGCGGUUGCCAGAUUUUUUGGAUGCACAUGAGCUGCGGUGGAAUAGGAGAGUACUCUAUGCUUACUAUAAAGCAAGGUUAUCUGGAAAAGCGUACCUACUUUCCCACAUUGACUUAUGGUAUAAAGUUGGAAAAUACGCGUAAACUUGAUAACAUUGUGGUUUCUAUCAACAUUCCUCUCCUCAACAAGAAGACGUCUUAUCAAGAAAUACCUCCAAUUUUACGGUUGGCGAGUGGAAAUAUCGAUGAUGAACUUAUGACGCUCAUGCAAACGACUAUUAAAUGGAUAGACAACUGCAGUCAAAAUCAUGAGAAAUGUCAACGAAUACAAGGCCUCAAGGAAAAACCCAAUAUUAUACCAACUCGGUUGGUAGAUGUUCAAUCCAAUGAUGGAAGCACGGCCAGGCUUGUCAACACCAAAGAGUUGGCGAGUGACAUAAACCCAAAAUAUCUCAUUCUAAGCUAUUGUUGGGGAAUGGGGAACCAACCGGCAAAAACAACACGGAGCAACUUGCGUCAAAGAAAACACCGAAUUAUGGUAUACGACUUACCAAAAACGAUUCAAAAUGCUAUCACGAUCACAAGGCUCAUGGGGAUCCGAUAUCUCUGGGUUGAUGCACUAUGUAUCAUCCAACCAGACAAUGACGACUUUCUUGACGACUGGAAUAGCGAGGCAGCCCAAAUGGGAAACUACUAUUCUAACGCUCUAUUUUGCAUCUCAGCCUUGUAUGCAUCGGAAGGAUUCCUUGGAGAGAGGCACUCAGCCCGCUACCCUUGGAGAGAAGAAGAGGCCAUCCAGUAUGGGGAAAACUUUCUUUCUUUCCAACCACUUGAAGGAACCAUAGGUGAUGAGCCCGACCUCAAAUACAUGCCACUAAUGAGGCGUGCCUGGGCUCUACAAGAAAGGAUUCUAUCCACUCAAAGAUUACACUGGAGUGGGAUCGGUCUGUUGUGGGAGUGUGACAGUGGUCUGUUCCAAGAGAAUCAGCCGUUUCGGAAUCUGCGCCAGCAGCACAGUGAGACUUAUAGAAGAACGGAUCAUUUUUUACGGGAGAUCUUGAGUUUGCCCAAAGAAGAAGCUUUAGGAAUUGCUUGGCUCGGCAUAGCAGCUCAAUACGCUGGCAUGAAGUUGACAAAGCCAACAGAUCGUCUCGCUGCCAUUCAUGGAGUUGCCCGUCGUCUUUCAUUACAACAUAAUGUGGAAUACUUUGGUGGAAUCUUCAAGGGAUUUUAUUCAAGAGCUCUUCCUUGGGAAUGUAUGAGGAUCGGACAUGAAAGAGAUGGGUUCAUUCGAAAGGAUUUUCCUAGCUGGUCUUGGGCUUCAGCUGCGAAUUUCGGUUACAGCCUCGACUACGAUUCAAGAAACAAAUCUUUGAGAAUCAAAGAUCUCAUUCGAUAUGCCGACCCGGAACAGUCUAUUUCUCUUGAUGAAAUCAUAGACUUCAGAGACCGUUCUAAGCGAAAGCUUUUGUUACAGGCUCCUUUGGUUUCGAUGAAAAUAGGAUCACAUCAACCCAUAACCCUAAAAUCUGAGGGAUCAUAUUUUGAUUUAGUUGCAACCGUCGAAGGCCCAAUAUGGAGAGGGCGGAUAAUUUAUUGCCAUAUGGAUCGUUGGAUGAAACUUCCGGAACCGUCGGCAGUAACUCUCCUCGUAUGCAAUGGAGACAUCAGGGAAGGAUUGAGAACCGCGCUUGAUAGUGUAGUCUAUUAUAAGGGUCUAGUGUUGAGAAGAUCGGAGGAAGAUGGACCAAAUGCGUUCGUGCGGCUAGGUUUUUUCAGAGUCGGCAUUCCUUGGUCAGAGGAGGAGGAGGAGGGCGGCUAUCUAAAUGAGUGGGAAACGGAUGUCUGUUUAUUUUAG